AUGAUUGAGGACAUGGAACUUAACAUUCAAACUACUGAAGGCACAGACCUUAAUUACUCUUUUGCAUAAGACGAUCUCCCUUCAUUUAUCAAGACAAGAGAGAGAAUGCGAACAAUUAAAGAUUUAAUCCAUUAAAGAGGAGAAAAAUACAAAGAAUUCGAGAAUUAGAUUGACCCUGAAAGACAUAAUCUUGAAAAGUAAUUCGAGUAGGUCUAAGAAAAAAUCAAUUUGAUAAAGGUUAAAGACGGGAUGUAUGCGCCAUAUGAUGACGAGGAUCCAAUUUUUGAUUUAGAACAUGAGAUAAGUAAAGAGGAACAGGAAAAGUUUGCUGCUGAGUGCCCAAUAUGUAAGAAAUAACAUGCUAAAAUGAAGAAUUGGUAUCAAUAAAAUAAAUUUAUUCAUUUAUUGAUUAGUCAAUUCUGUGGAUCUCUGAAUUGUCCUUAAUGUGUUAGUAAAUCAAGGCCUUACCCUGUGAAAAAUCCAGCAAAAGAUAAGAGAGGAUAGAUAUGUCUUAUUUGUAACAAGAAGUUCUUGUAUAGAGAUGCAAUGCAUGAAUUUGCUGUGUAAUUGGAUAUGAAGGAAGGAGUUAAUCAGAAUUAAUUAGAGGAAUUACAAUUUGAGGAGGAAACAUAUAAUGAAUUAAUGACUCUAUUAACUGGCUUAAGAGAAAUGAAAAACAAUAAUGUGAUGGAUAUCAAAAUUUAAGCUGAUGAUACAAUCAAUGAGGAGAAAUAAUUAAACUAGGACAUUGAGGCGCUAAAAUAACUCAAAGAAAUAUUAGUUUAGAAGUCAUAGUAACUGGAAUAAUCUCUAGAACAAAAGAGAAAUUUGGUUGAUGAUCAUUAGGAAGAUAUAAGGAAAAUUAAAAUGAAGAAACUAGAGAAUGAGGUUUAAUUUUGCUAGAAAAAAUACGAUGAUAUAACAUAUUUUAAUCAGAGAAGGUUAAGUGUAAAAAUAAUAUAGAAUAUUAAUAUCCUCUAGUUAAAAUCUGAUGGGGCAUAUCAAAUAGAAGAUUUAAGAUAAGGAAAUAGCGAAGUAGCUUCUUCUCGUCAAGAAUCAAUUAUAAGCUAGGAUGAAAGUGCUUAAGAGUAAAGAUAAUACAUUUAAAAGUAUGGGAUAAAUGGUUCAGAGAUAUAAGAUUAAGAUUAUGAUCCCUACUAAGAGGUGAAAGAUAAAGCUCUUUAUUAGGAGCAAACAAUCAGCCCAGCAAAUAAGAAGUAGUCAAUAAAAGAGUCGAUUUAAGGACCAAAAUAGUCAAUUAAAAGGAAACCAUAGCCAAUUUUAGAGGAUGAAUAAUUCUAAUUCUACAACCAAUAAUAAGAAACUUAGGCAAAAGAGACUAUGUAAAGAGCUAAUAGAAGAUCUUCUCAUAUAGAUGAUGGAAAUGAAUUUAAUUUUGGUAUAGGUGCAUUUUCUAAAAAAAUAGACAGAACACAGAAGAAAUCAUAAAUACUAAUGGAUGAGGAACUCGAAUAUCACCGACAUGGUGGUAGUUAAUAAGUUAAAAAACAAAGUAUCAAAAAGCAAAAUCCUCCUGGCAAUAAUGAGACUGUAGAUGAUCCUCAGAGAUAUGGAGGAGUACCAACUGGAAGUGGCUUAGUUAAAUCUAGCAUGCAUGCUAAGAUGAAGGGUAAAAAGUAUCAGUCUGCAGCCAAAGAAGGUUCAUGUUAAAGUUGCGAAUAGGUCUGUGCCAUUUAUUGA